AUGAGCGAAGAGCAAAUAUCUACUGCCAGAGCGCAUCUGGCAAUAGACUUUCUCAUUGUCGGAGGGGGCCUCUCUGGGCUUGCUUGUGCCAUCGCGCUCACCCGGGCGGGACAUCGCGUCGUGGUGCUCGAAAGAGAAGAUGGCAUGAAAAAUACAGGGGAGACUGGAUUCCACAUGCCACCAAACAUGUCAAAGGUCUUGUUUCACUGGGGCUUGAAGGACCGGCUUGCAGGAUGCGGAUUAUUCUCGCACACAAUGCUGCUCACGAAAUAUGACUCAGGGGAAUUUCUUGGUACACAGAUCUGGGAUGACAAUGUGCUGAAGGAGUCUCGCGGAGACGUCAUGGUCCUUCCGCAUUACAAGCUGCACAGAGUUCUUUAUGAUGCCGCAGUUGCUGGAGGUGCAACUGUCCGUCAUGGUGCAAUUGUUGCACAAGUUGAUGGUACAAAGAGUGAAGUCAUGUUAGCCUCUGGUGAAGUCUUGACAGCCGACGUAAUAAUUGGCGCGGAUGGUCCCAGGGGAACAUGCCGCAAAGCAGUCAUGGGCACAAGAGAUCAUGGUGUUCCUAUUGGAAUAUCUAUGUAUGCUGCAACUGUUUCUGCAGAGCAUGUAUCUCAAGAUUUCAAUGAGGCCCAUGAUCACAUUGUGUUUGUUGCAUUUGGAAGUCAACGAUUUGUUAUCAGUUACCCUAUAGGUCAUGGACAAUUCUCAUUACAUUAUUACUCACAUGAUAAUGCAACUCAAGGAGAGUACGGAGAUCUGCCAUCUAGUGACCUUAGCAACUUGAUGAUAGACUGUGAACCUAGGCUAGCAAAAAUAGCACAAUAUGCAGGUCCUGCAGUGCGCAUACCCAUCAGGGAUUACACCUAUUCUGAGGGCUGGGUGCACAAGGAUGGAAGGCUGGUGGUUAUUGGUCAGGCUGCACAUCCCUUUCCGCCUGGUUCUAUUCAACGUGGUGCUAUGGGCAUUGAAGAUGCAGCUGUACUUGCCAAACUCUUCUCACAUUUGAGAAGCAAGAAUGAGAUUGCAAGCUUCCUCCAUGCAUUCCAGGGUCUCCGGAGACCACGUAUUCUACAUCUUCGUGUGGGUGCCAUGAGGAAUGUGUUGUUUUCACUCCUGGAGGAUGGUGAAGCACAACAAGCUCGUGAUCAGGCCAUGCGAGAAAAAUACAAGUCUGGGAAUCCUGUGCUUGACAACCUCAAAGAUAGCUCAGAAUGGGAUGAGCUCCGUGCAACAUUCGGCUAUGACUGUGAGGAUGAAGCAGAUAGUUGGUGGAUGAAGUGGGGGCGCUUGCAGGCAAAGUCUCAUGAGAGGUAUGAGAUGAUGUCCAGCACUGUUGAUGGUACAAUUGCCAUCCAGGUCAGCAUAGAUGUUCUUUCACGGGUGCUAUAA